GGAGGAGUCAUUGUCUCCCUCGGGAUAAAAGUGUCCACACAGAGAGACAGAGACAGUCAGAGUGAACAGAGACAGAAGAACAGAAACACUUCAGAAGCUCCUCCUUCACACUGUCGAUAUGCUCAGGAUGACUUCCUGUUUGUUGUCCCUCUUCCUCCUUUCGGUCUUGUCCAUCAUGGCUGCCGCUCAACCCGCCGGCUGCAAAAUCCGAAUCACUGACAAAGGACUGGACAUGUUGAAGUUUGAGACUCAGAAGUUUGUUGAAGAGGAGCUCAGCAACAUCAGUAUGCCGGAGAUGCUGGGGAAGGAAGGACGCUUCCAAUACACCAUCACUGAUGUGAAGAUAACAGAGCUGAAUCUGACUCACGCUGAUUUGCAGUUCGUCCCUGAAGUUGGAUUGUUAUUCGACGUUCAGAACUCAUCCAUCUCGCUGAGUUUCCACCGACGGAUCCUCUACUGGUUCUUUUACGACACGGGAAACAUCAACGCAUCGGCUGAAGGAGUGAACAUCAACACGGUUCUGAGUCUAAUCAGAGACGAUGAAGGACGACUGAAGAUCAACAACGUCACCUGUGACGCCAAAAUCGACAAAAUGAGGGCAAAAUUCAGCGGAACACUCGGGAAAGUUUACGACUUCCUGUCCAAAUUCCUGACAUCAGGCAUGCGCUUCCUCCUCAACCAGCAGAUCUGUCCGGCUCUGAACCACUCCGCUCUGGUUCACGUGAACUCGAUGUUGGACACGAUCCCUGUGAGGACAGAGGUCGAUCAGUUUAUUGGGAUUGAUUAUUCUCUGAUCGAUGAUCCGGUAGUGACGUCCCGGAGCCUCGACAUGCACUUCAAGGGGAUGUUCUUCGACCUGUCUAAUCCAAACGACAAGUUGGCGAAUUAUGCUGUCAACCCAGUGAUCAGAGAGUACGACCGGAUGGUUUAUCUCGCUCUGUCUGAGUUCUUCUUCGACAGCGGAAUGUAUGCUUACUACAGGGCAGGAAUCUUCCAGAUGGACAUCAUCAACGAGAAGAUGCCCAAAGAUCUGGAGAUGUUGUUGAGAACCACCUACUUUGGAACCCUCAUGAUGCUGUACCCGGCUCUGGUGGACGCUCCGCUCUCUCUGCAUCUCGCCGUCACAUCGCCUCCAAAAACCACCAUCAAGACGUCUGGAGCAACCGUCGGCAUGACAGCCAGUGUCAAGGUGAUGGUGCUGCCUCCGGGUCAGCCUCCGAUCCAGCUGAGCAGCAUGACCAUGGAAUCAAAGUUUAACGCUAAAGUCUCUAUCAAGGGAAAACGUCUGGCUGUUCAUGCUGACCUCCGCAGGUUUAAAAUCUUCUCCAAUCAAUCAGCACUGGAAUCUCUAGCAUUGAUUCCUCUGCAGGCUCCUCUAAAGGCGAUGCUGCAGAUGUCUGUGGUUCCUUUAAUUAACAACUGGACAAAGAAAGGAGUUCGGAUUCCUCUGGCUGAUGGAAUGGAUUUCAUUGAGGAGGUGGUUGAAUAUCACAACGGUUUCAUUGUGAUCGGAGCAAAUCUUCACUUCAGCAAAGGACUGAGAGAAAUGAUCACAGGAGGCAACAAUCAGACAGAGGCAGAAACCAACACCGUCUAAACAUUUAAAUAUUUAUAUGGACACACACAAAGUGAAUAUAUAAUACACUGUGUGAACAUAUAUUACAACAUGUGAAUAUAUACACACACUUCAGCAAAGCACUGAGAGAAUGAUCACUGGAAACAAUCGGAUACAACACAGCCUCUAUACAUGUAUGUGUGUAUAUAUACAUUACUUAGUUUAUUGUCCCUACAGUAUAUAGACACAAAUAUAAGACUGUAAAAAA